CGUCUGGCUCGGUUUGGUGCAUCGGCGGAGAUCAGGAGGAGAGGACACGGUUUGGAGUUCAGAUUCUUUACCCCGAUUCUGCGAGCUUUGCCCGCCCCCUCCACCACUCACGGACAUUACCGGAAUCGUACCCUCUCAUCGCUGCUAUUUAUCUUCUGCCUUUUUUUAAGUAUUGUUUCUGAACCGGCCUUAUCUACCGGGCAUAUUCCGCAAUACCGUGAACAUCCCAUUCUGUUGAUACCCGGCAGUGCAGAGCAGCGAAAACUGAACGGUGAAGAUGUCUGGCUAUCAGGGCAAGAAGAAUAUCCCUCGCAUCACAAGCGAGCGGCUGCUGAUUAAGGGGGCGAAGAUCGUGAACGAUGACCAGUCCUUCUGUGCCGACGUGUAUAUGGAGGACGGCCUCAUCAAACAAAUCGGUGAGAACCUGAUCGUGCCAGGCGGGGUGAAGACCAUCGAUGCCCACGGCAGGAUGCUGAUACCCGGGGGCAUCGACGUGCACACCCGCUUCCAGAUGCCCGACCGGGGCAUGGUUGCUGCCGACGACUUCUACCAGGGGACCCGGGCCGCCCUGGCAGGGGGCACCACCAUGAUCCUGGACCACGUGGUCCCAGAGCCAGGGACCAGCCUGAUCUCUGCCUUCGAGCAGUGGCUGGACUGGGCCAGCAGCAAGUCCUGCUGUGACUUCUCCCUCCACGUGGACGUGACCGAGUGGCACAAGGGCGUCCAGGAGGAGAUGGAGACGCUGGUGAAGGACCACGGUGUCAACUCUUUCCUUGUCUAUCUGGCUUAUAAGGAUGUUUUCCAGCUUACUGACUCUCAGGUGUACGAGGUGUUCAGCGUGAUCAGAGACCUGGGAGCCAUCGCUCAGGUCCAUGCUGAGAACGGAGACAUCGUGGCUGAGGAGCAGCAUCGUAUCCUGGAGCAGGGCAUCACAGGGCCCGAGGGUCACGUCCUGAGCCGUCCUGAGGAGGUGGAGGCGGAGGCUGUGAACCGCUCCGUCACCGUGGCCAAUCAGACCAACUGUCCCCUCUACAUCACCAAGGUGAUGAGCAAGAGUGCCGCCGAUGUCAUCGCUCAGGCCCGGAAGAAAGGCACCGUGGUGUACGGGGAGCCAAUCUCGGCCAGCCUGGGCACAGACGGCUCACACUAUUGGAGCAAGAACUGGGCGAAGGCCGCCGCUUACGUCACCUCCCCGCCCCUCAGCCCCGACCCCACCACGCCCGACUACCUGAACUCCCUGCUCUCCUGUGGGGACCUGCAGGUGACAGGAAGUGCCCACUGCCCUUCACACACCGCCCAGCGCGCCGUGGGCAAGGACGACUUCACCCUGAUCCCAGAGGGCACCAACGGCACCGAGGAGAGGAUGUCCCUGAUCUGGGACAAGUGUGUGGUGACCGGUAAGAUGGACGAGAACCAGUUUGUGGCGGUGACGAGCACCAACGCGGCCAAGAUCUUCAACCUGUACCCCCGCAAAGGCCGCAUCGCCGUGGGCUCGGACGCCGACCUGGUGCUCUGGGACCCCGACGUCACCAAGAUCAUCUCAGCCAAGAGCCACAACUCUGCUGUGGAGUAUAACAUCUUUGAGGGCAUGGAGGUGCGGGGCGCUCCCCUGGUGGUGAUCAGCCAAGGCAGGAUCGUCCUGGAGGAGGGGAACCUCCACACCACCGAGGGCUCCGGACGCUUCGUGGCCCGCAAGCCCUUCCCCGACUACGUGUACAAGAGGAUAAAGGCUCGCAGCAGGCUGGCUGAGUUGAGGGGGGUCCCUAGGGGUCUCUACGACGGGCCGGUCUGCGAGGUGUCCGUCACUCCCAAGACCAUGACGCCUGCCUCCUCAGCCAAGACCUCACCUGCCAAGCAGGCAGCUGGCCAGCCGCUCCGCAACCUGCACCAGUCUGGCUUCAGUCUGUCUGGUGCCCAAGUCGAUGACAACAUCCCCCGUCGGAACACCCAGCGCAUCGUGGCUCCGCCCGGGGGCAGAGCUAACAUCACCAGCCUGGGUUAAAGCUCUCCCAUUGGCCGGGAGGGGGGGUAAAGAGGAGGGGCUUCAGGAACUGGGGGAGGGGCAGGAAAACCAGAAACCACCUCUUCAUCCAGAGCCACGCCCUCCACAGUGCCUGAAGAACCGCCCCCUCCUCGACCUCCACUUCUGCUCUCACCCCCUCCUUUACCCCCCCCCCCCCCCUUCUCCAUCUCUUCCCCCUUUUCAUCCCAACCGCCACUGUCCUGACGGAGACCCCUAGAGAAGAGUUGCCUCAUACGAAGAACAACAACAAGCCGAAAACUACAACAACACACCUUUAUUUGAGCACUUUUGACUGUAUUAUUUAGUGUUUUAUACUGUACUUUCUACCUGCCAUGAUUCUUUUGAUUGUUUGUCUUUAUUUUUAUGUCGUAAACAGAUGGGGUUCAGUCAGGCUGGACUGGGCAGAUUUAACACAGGGAGGAAUCGACGUCACAUGACUGGCAUGCUUUCCGUUUCCGUCCUCCAUCUUUGUAGUUUUUAGACGCACGGUAAACAAACUGAGAUGGUUUAAUGGGUAUGUUGUCAUGAUGUUUCAAACAGUAGGUAUGGUUCACAACACUGUGCUGUGGAUUUGGAAAGGGAUAAGGUUUUGAUCCUUCACCAGUAGCUGGCGUCCUGUUUUGAAUCCUCCAGUGUCAUCAGUUAGCGCAGAUUUAAUCAGUUCAACACUGGCUAUGAUGGAGUGUGUUUAUCCGAGGCAGGUUUUGAGGCUGUACAACAGCCUUGUGUUCUAGGUCGAAGAGCUAGGUACAGCCUUGUAUGGUGCUGUACAGCGCGGUGUUUGGGGGAGAUAGAGGGACUUUCUAGGGACAUUCCCACCUUCCUGCCAAACCACUUGAAGUCUUUGGAAGCUGCAGUGGGGCUUCCGUAGUGGUGGAACAUUCUGGAACGCCAGCGGAAUCAGAACCCUCAACCGGUUCCGAGUAGAACGCCGUGUUCCAUCGUGUUCCACAGCGGGGCUUUCUCAGCACCUAAAUGUGACCUGAACAACGAAUAGAACUUGGGAGAGUCGCUAGGACGGAAUAGGAGUGGAUUAGAACACCACCGCCACAAUAUCACCUGCCUUAAAUUGGUGCUGCCCCCACCCCCAACUACUAGAGGAAGGAAUAUUCAAAGAUCCAUGCGGUGUUUUAAAGAUGGCGUUACGUCAUCCGGUGGGUUAGAAGAUGUUUGUUCAUCGCCUCCAUUUUCUCGCAUCACGUCUCCCCUUCCCUCUCUCCUCUUAAGGUGCCUGAACCCACCGAUGUUGUACCGGUAGUUUGAUUAUUUGUAUUAUUCUUAUUGUGGUAAGAGAAGGAUGUAACAUAUAUGUGUAAGGUAGCCAGGUUUAACCGAUGCAAAGGUGCCAGAUUUUGCUCUUGCGUGAUCCACGAGUGGUGUUCCUGUAGAGAGAAAAACCGUGUGAUAUAUUUUAGAGAUGUAGAGUUUGUUCGCCGUUGUCGAUAUCGGUAUUUUUAGUGUCACGAUUCUGUCGUUAGUUGCCAAAGGCCUGAACACUACUCAUGUUUAGAGGGAGAUGUGGGGUUGUGUGUUAGCUGGUGUGCUGUGUUAGUGCAUGAGGCCCGGGCUACACCUGUUUGCCUGGCUGGUCCCUGACAGGGCCUGGAUCGAUGCCAACGUCUGUUCGCUCCGACCGCGCGUCUGGUUUUCAUUAAGCGAGGCGGUUCCUCCGAAUGUGUUCAUUUUUCCCCGUCGGUGAGACGUUGCUCCGCAGAGCCCGUCUCUCCCUCUCCGGAUUACUUCACACGGAGCAAAACUCCAUCGCCGGCUCUCUUUCUUUCACACUGACACCAACACACGCACCAACACACAAACACAUGCACUAACACACACACACUCACGC